AGCAGGCUUAGAUCGGAGUGGCUGCUUUUGCGCGGGCAUGAGCCGGGAUGGCCAGUCGUGGGCUUGCGCUCGGUGCCCUCGCCUGGGGGGCUCGCCAGCACCUUGACUGAGUCUCCCCGCACCCCCCCCCCCCACAUUCCCCAUCCGUGGGAAUUUUCCUCGGGGUUGCUAAGGAGCUGCGCUUAAAACUCGGAAUCGCCGGGCUGCGAAGAGCGGAGGGGAGAGGGGAGUUUUUGGGCGCGGGCGAGAAUCCGCCUUGCCUUUUGCCUUUUUUUUGCCAGCCUUUCAAAAUCUUGCAUCGGGAACGAGCCAACCUCGGGAUUUUCCUCUCUUUUUGAUAUCCCGUCUUGGUCGGGAUCCUCUUGAUCGGGGAGCCGGAGAGGGGUGUGUGCAGAAGGAGAAGAUCGCCCCCCGUCGUUGCUUUUGGGGAGAGGGGGGGGUCUCCUCGGAAGCUGGUGGUGGGGGGCGCGCAAAGAAACAUGGAGGCGGUGAUCGAGAAGGAAUGCAGCGCCCUUGGAGGGCUCUUCCAGACCACCAUCAGUGACAUGAAGGGAAGUUAUCCAAUUUGGGAAGAUUUCAUAAAUAAAGCGGGGAAACUCCAGUCUCAACUUAGGACGACGGUUGUAGCCGCAGCUGCCUUCCUGGAUGCCUUUCAGAAAGUAGCAGACAUGGCAACCAAUACGCGUGGUGCUACUAGAGAAAUUGGCUCUGCUUUAACCAGAAUGUGCAUGCGACAUCGAAGUAUUGAGUCCAAGCUCAGACAGUUUUCAAGUGCUUUAAUUGACUGUCUGAUAAACCCACUUCAAGAGCAGAUGGAAGAAUGGAAGAAAGUGGCCAACCAGCUGGACAAAGACCAUGCGAAAGAAUACAAAAAAGCACGCCAGGAAAUAAAAAAGAAAUCUUCAGAUACCCUGAAGCUUCAGAAGAAGGCAAAGAAAGGGAGAGGCGACAUCCAGCCUCAACUGGACAGUGCACUGCAGGAUGUGAACGAUAAAUAUCUUCUUCUUGAAGAAACGGAGAAACAGGCUGUUAGAAAAGCACUGAUUGAAGAACGUGGCCGGUUUUGUUCAUUUAUUUCCAUGCUGCGUCCUGUAAUUGAAGAAGAAAUAUCAAUGCUGGGAGAAAUAACUCAUCUACAGACCAUAUCAGAAGAUUUGAAAAGCCUCACCAUGGACCCACACAAGCUGCCAUCAUCAAGUGAACAGGUAAUUCUUGAUUUGAAAGGUUCCGAUUAUGGCUGGUCCUAUCAGACUCCUCCUUCUUCUCCCAGUACCACCAUGUCCAGAAAAUCCAGCGUGUGCAGCAGUCUGAACAGUGUAAACAGUAGUGACUCCCGGUCAAGUGGCUCGCAUUCUCACUCACCCAGUUCACACUAUCGCUACCGCAGCUCCAAUCUGCCUCAGCAGGCACCAAUGAGGCUCUCCAGUGUCUCCUCGCACGAUUCUGGAUUCAUGUCCCAGGACGCUUUUCAAUCCAAGUCACCGUCCCCGAUGCCGCCCGAAGCCCCCAACCAGCAGAAUUCGUCCAGCUCGGCCUCUUCUGAAGCCUCUGAGACCUGCCAGUCAGUGAGUGAGUGCAGCUCCCCCACCUCUGUCAGUUCAGGCUCCACCAUGGCGGCUUGGGCCUCCACAGAAAAGUUGUCUAAUGGGUAUUAUCACUGUAGUUUACCCAGUGGCUCAUCUUUAGCCCCGGUUGGUGUGGGUUCUUUCCCUCAUAUUCCGUCUGUCUCUCACGCAUGGACCCGAGCCACCUCCUCCACCCUCCUUCCAGACUACGUUCAUUAUUACACCAUUGGGCCAGGCAUGUUACCAUCACCUCAGAUUCCUAGUUGGAAGGAUUGGGCUAAGCCUGGUCCUUACGACCAGCCAAUGGUAAACACUUUGCAACGUCGCAAGGAAAAACGAGAAGCAGACUCUCCAGGUGGGGCUCAGAGUGGUCCAUCUCUGCCCACAGAAGAUCCACAGAGGGCCCGGAGCAUGACUGUAUCAGCUGCCCCAAAGCAAGGAGAGGAGAUGGAAGCAUGUGAAGAGCUGGCUCUCGCUCUUACCCGAGGGCUGCAGCUGGACAUUCAGAGGAGCAGCAGGGAUUCCUUGCAGUGUUCCAGUGGCUACAGCACUCAGACAACCACACCUUGCUGUUCUGAAGAUACAAUUCCCUCACAAGUUUCAGAUUACGACUACUUUUCUGUGAGUGGUGAUCAAGACACCGAGCAGCAAGAAUUCGACAAGUCUUCAACUAUUCCAAGGAACAGCGACAUCAGCCAGUCCUACCGUCGCAUGUUCCACGCCAAGCGUCCUGCUUCCACUGCGGGCCUCCCAACCACCCUUGGCCCUGUGAUCGUCACGCCAGGCGUGGCCACCAUCCGACGGACGCCUUCCACCAAACCGGCAGUAAGGCGUGGGACCAUUGGCGCGGGACCAAUCCCCAUUAAGACCCCCGUGAUUCCCGUUAAAACUCCAUCUGUGCCAGACGUGCCGGUGGGGCUUCCUGGUUUCCCGAGUGGGGCAGAAGAAAGCGCCGAGCAAAGUCCUGAGGCUGGAGGGGGCAGCACCCCCACCGUAUGUACCUCCUCGUGGAGCGGGCAAGCAACCGCCAGCCUUCCCCCCGUCAGCCAGAAGCCGAGCAGCACAGAGGAUCAGAGACCGCCGGCGGCUGAAAACGAGGGAGAGGAGAACGAAAGAGAAGACGUCAGCAUCACUGCUCCCCCAUGCCAACCUACCGUGCCCCACACAGGUGGGCAGAACCCAGCGGAGGCCCCACAGGGCGAAGACAUGCUGAAUGCUAUCCGCAGGGGCGUUAAGCUGAGGAAGACCACCACGAACGAUCGCUCAGCACCCCGUAUUUCCUAGAUGCCGAAUCACUGCCCAAGUUGAGUGAAAAAGAGAACGGACCUUUACCUGAUGGUAUCAUCUUUGUGUCUUGGUCCAUUAUUGUACAAUCAAGAUUUUUCUAGGAGAGAGAGAGACAACUGGCAGUGGUCUCUAAAACGGGAGGGGAGGUUAGAAUUGACCAGGUGAAAUGCUUAAAGGAACAUCUUGCUGACUAUUGAUUAUUAUUAUUAUUAUUAUUUUCUUUGUAAAUCUGGCUGAUUAUAUUUUCCUCUGCACAUUUUCAAAUUCUCAGUCCCUCCCUUUUUUCCUCCUCCCCCUCAAAGGUGCCAAAAUCCCAUUUAACCUUUUAAUAACUCUUUGUAAAGUGUAUUCAUUCACAAAAGGAUGGUUAUAAGAAAUGUCAAGUAGUUAAAUUUUAGCAAAGGGGUGGGGGGUGGGGGCAGUGGUCCGGUGGUAAUGCAGUUCUCCCUCUUGGAUGGUUUUGUAGAGCACCUUGUCAAGUCAUAGUGGGAGUCUCAAACCAGUGUUCGUUUUCUUGUACAAAGUUCCUCGCAAGAACACACCUCCUUAACUGAAAUACAGCGAGCUGUUCACCUGUGGCAAAAGCAGGAAACGGAAGCUGAUUAAAGCAAUAUAUAAUGGGAAGAGAGAAAGAGAGAGAGAGAGAGAAAACGGCUGUAUUGGGUUAAUUUUUAGGGAUUAGGAAGGGAGGGGCUUAAUUUCUUGCACAAAAAAAUGUAGCCUAGCAGGUAGUUUCAUUGUAAAUGCGUCCAAAUAAGCCAUAAUGAAUUACAGUGUUCAUUUUAAGUAAGGUGUUUCAAAGACUUUUGGGUACUUGCCUGCUAGGUAUUUUUUUCCUAUGUUGGCCCUGUGAAAAAGGACCAUGUUAAGAUUUCUUGCCUCUGUAAAACCAUGCAGUAUGCUUUCAUUUCCGGUCAUUGUAAAACCUCGUUAUAAAUCAGUUUUGUACCAUCUUGGGCAACAGGCUUUAAACUUUGCAUUCCUCUCUUCACUUUGUUGUUCCUCGAAAGAAGUAAACGGAACACAACAUAAAAGCAAGACAUUGUGAAGGCAGAAGGGUGUCUUACGUUGUUUAAAAAAUAAAAAUAAAAAACAAAGAGCAAAAAAUUUAAAAGAAAACCAGGGAGCUCUUAAUUAUAACUUUAUACCUUUUACUGGCUGCGCCCAGCAGGCUGGGUAGCCAAAUAAAUGGACAAAAAAAAACACCUUCCCCAGGACUUUUGACAAACCAACUCAUUAGACAGAUGGGCAAGUAACUGGGAACUCCAGUAAAACUGCAAAUGUUACUUUUAAGGGGGACUGUUUUUUCCGAAACGGCAGUUUGGGUGCAAAAUUUGGGGAUUGGGAAGGGACGGGAACACUCUAGAUUUUAUUUAUUAUAGCGGGAGGGACAUUCACAACUGGUUUUCUUUUUAUUCUCCCCUCCACACACAAUUAUUGGGGAGGGGGAAGCAUCGUUGAUAAAUUUAUAAGUAAGAUUUCCUUUUCUUAACAUGAACAUUGCCGUGGUAUUUUCCGUUUCAUGGGGUCAGUAGAAAUAUGCAUAACUCAGGCACCCCCCCCCUUCCCUCCCGGUGUUUUAAGUUUUGUGGUUUUCUGUUUCUUUUUUUAAAGAAAAAGCAUUCUGCAGUCUAACUGGAUACCGUCUGCCUUAUUUCUACAUGGGCGAUGCUAGCAGAAUUCUUGACUUCAGAGGGGUGUGUUUGUGGCCGCAGCGAUGCGCCCCACUCAUCGUGGAAGGAGCUGGGUUGUGAGUGCGCGCGCACACACACAAUCUCCUCCGCCAUGGACACUCGGGAGAUUCGUAUUGGCUGCCAUCUUGCCUACGUAAACUUCUUAUGCUUUAAAUACAUAACUGCAUUGGAUGUGAGAUGUAUCGUAAACCUGUUUAUAGUCACUGUGUUCUAUAUACAUUUACACAGCUGUGGUUGCUUAACACUUUUUCAUUAUGGCGUCGGAAGCGAAAAGUGCAAAAAAAAAAGAAAAAAAAAGGCAUGAUCCCAAAAAAAAUAAUAAGCUUUUUCUUCCUUUGGAAAAUAAAAAUAAUAAAACAGUGCUGUCAAAGUUAGCCCACUUGUCCUGAAAACGAGCAGAUGCUCUCUGCAAAUGAUGCUCCGAGAUUUCAUUUUUCUUACCCACUUGAGAGAAAGAGAAGAAAAAUGGGACAAAAAAAAUAAAUAAAUAAGGGUACAGGCUGACAAGCUGAUUUUUCUAAGCUUUUCUUCUUUUUUUAUUAAAAGGUGUUUCUGUUAACCCUUGCAUACCCAGCCCCGUUGCUUUCAGUGAAGCUCACGCAGGAGAUAUUUUUCAAAAAAGCACGUUUUAAGGAAACAUUUUGGAUGAAGCUGUAUUUUGAGAGUUGCAGCCUCUUCCUUUUCAACACCAGAAUUUAAAUCUUGGUUAAAAAAAUAAUAAAUGAUAUUGCCAAAAUUUGAUGUUUAACAUGUGGCAAAAAAACCACUUUGGAUAGUUCUGUUGGUUUGUUUUUUGAGGUUUCUUUUCCUUUUUAACCUUUUUUUUUUUUUUUUGUGUUCCUUGCCUAUUGUAACAGCAGCGUCACAAUGUAAAAUGUUUCUAAUGGUAAGUUCUUGUGGUUUAGUUUGCUAGUUUGUACCGAGAGUUGACCUCUCUAUUCCCCAUGCAGUGUUUUCCUUCCGAACUGCUAAAAAUAAAAAAAAUUGCUGUUAACUGUGCUUCCCUUCUACCUUGUAAUGAAUGCUUCAAGCCUAUAUUACAAAUAAAGACCUGCUGACAAAAA